ACUUUUAGAAUAGGAACCGAUCUUACAGCUUUCCGCAUUGACCUUAUAGAUGUGCUCAUCUGUUCUUUGGAAUAGCCUACUGCACACAGUUGUUCACUCUGCUGCAACCAGUGUACACCCUUUUUCUACUCAGGCUGCAGUUGAAUACUAAGAAAGCCAUGGCUGUCCAGCAGCAGAUCACCACUGUAACCACCACCCAGAGCUCAGGGCAAUGGAGCACAGGACUGUUUGACUGCUGCUCUGACAUGGGCACAUGUUGCUGUGCCACUUGGUGCUUCCCCUGUUUUCAGUGUCAGACGGCCUCCCACUACGGCUGGUGUGCCUGUAUGCCCCUGCUGGACCCAUGUGCCUUUAUGGCUGUCUCCUGCUGCAUGCGCUCCUCCAUGAGAGAACGCUAUGGCAUUCAGGGUUCGACCUGCGUGGACGUCGGGUUGGUGUGUUGCUGCUACGCUUGUGCCUGGUGCCAGAUGGCUCGUGAGGUUAAGACACGGACCACAUCGGGCAUCCAGCAGGUUCACAUGGUCACCCAACAGCUUCACGUGGCUUAGGACCCAGAAAAGAGAGUGGUAAACUAGAUGGCCAAGCAAGAAGUGCAAUUUCACCAGAAAUGUUGAGCAAGUGCUUUAACUUUUUGUUCCUUAUCUUGCGUGACCGUUAACAUGGGGGCGUACUGUUUGCAUUUUAUAGUUUGAAAAAGAACACACUUCCAUAAUUUUGCUAUCAUGGCUUAAUAGUGACGUCCAUGAAUGAGGGCCAUGCAUAUAAUACCACUACAAUCUAUAGCAACCAUACUGUGUGUUGAAUGUACUGUAUACUUCAGAUGUGUCUUUAGGAGAGAAAUGCUAUACCAUCAUUAAUGUCUGAAUAACCAUUGAAUGUUCAUGUCAGGCUUUAAAACAUUAUAAACAGCUUACCAUGUACUUGCCCUUCUUGUGCACUUGUCUUUUCUUCCUAGUCCUGACUUUGCUGAACGCUGCUCCAUCAAGGAAAGUUUUGCUUAAAAUGACUGUGAUAUGUGCUUGUCUUACCUAGCUACCUUAAGAUGAAUGAUAUGUGCUUGUCUUACCUAGCUACCUUAAUAUUAAUGCUCUGGAUAAGUGUGCCUGUGUAACCCGUGAUUCUAAUGCCAACCACAUUUCAGUUGAGUGUUCUUAUGUUUCAAUCCCUUUAAGAGUGUGCUCCUAAUCUCAGCGUGUUACCUGUAUAAAAUACACCUGGGAGCCAGACAUCUUUCUGAUUGAGAGGGGGUCAAAUACUUGUUUCCCUCAUUAAAAUGCAAAUCAAUUGAAAACAUUUUUGACGUGCGUUUUUCUGGAUUUCUUUGUCGUUAUUCUGUCUCUUACUGUUCAAAUAAACCUACCAUUUAAAGUUA